AAAAUAACAGUCUGCUGGAGAAUCUAAAAAUUGAGAGAGAGAGAGAUUUGCAGAGAUGGCGUUACUCCAGUAAAACCGAUUCGCUCAACAGAUGGAUUACUGUCUUGGCGGUGAGAGCCCGGCAGUUCUGCAGCUCCAUAAAUGGGGUCCCUCUCAGUUCAAUAUGGACUUGUCGGAAUUUCGGGAAGGUUUUAUAUCGCCGACGAGGGAGCUUUUGCUGUUACUGUCUUAUCAAUGUGAAGCCUUGCUCCUUCCUUUAGUUGCCGGGGAAUCUGUAAGCAAUCGUGUUUCAGAACCUUUGAAUGAUGAAAGGCUUCAAUGUCGAUCUUCAGCAGCUUUCAGCUCCGAAUCAUGGACAGAACCUAGUAGCACUAGGAGGCUUCAUUUAGAGAGUUUCUAUUUGUGUCUUGUAGCAAUGGUGUUACAGUGCAUGCUUUCCGUAAGCCUGAUAUUGAUGGCGGAACAACUAAAUCUGCACUUGAGGACGAGUUUGGUCAGGGGAGGUGGGUUGAUUGGGGCCCUUCCUCUGCACCAGCUCAAAAUUUGAAGGAUCGGGGCUCUUCAGGCUUGUGUUCUGAAGGCACAUCUACCGUCGUGGCUGAUAACAGGGCCAAUGGAAAUAGAGGAAGUCUGCAAGACAUAGA